AUGACGGCUGUGUUCCACUGCGUUCCAGUAGAAGGAGGCGACCCCGAGGUGCAGCUAAUGCGGGACCUGUUUGUUUGCUGUGUUCAAGUACAAGGAGGCGACCCCGAGGUGCAGCUAAUGCGGGACCUGUUCGCGGACUACAGUUCCUUCCCCCGGCCCGUGUCCAACACCACCCACAUCGUCUCUGUCAAGUUCGGGCUAUCACUCUCACAGAUCGUCGGGCUGAACAUGAAGGACCAGGUGAUGACGACAAGUGUGUGGCUCAAGCAGAUCUGGGAGGAUUACAAGCUGACGUGGGAUCCUGCCGAGUAUGACGGGAUCACCCGGAUCAAGGUUCCCGUGGACAUGAUCUGGAUCCCGGAUGUUCUGCUCUACAACAAUGCCGAUGGCAAGUUUGAGGUCUCGUCCUUCACCAAGGCGACCCUGUUCUAUAACGGCACGGUGGUCUGGACUCCAGCGGGGAUUUACAAGUCUUACUGCUACAUCGACGUAACGUUUUUCCCGUUCGACCGUCAGAACUGCUCCAUGAAGUUCGGCACGUGGACGUACGACGCCACAGUGGUGGACAUGGUGCCGAUAGAGCCUGUGGUGGACCUGUCCAAUUUCCUGGCGAACGGAGAGUUUGUGAUCAUGAGCGCUCCUCUGUACAGACACGUCCUGUCGUACGAGUGCUGCCCGCCGUAUGUGGACAUCACCGCCUACAUCGUACUGGAGCGACUCCCGCUGUACUUCACCGUGAACCUGCUCAUCCCGUGUCUCCUCUUCACCUUCUUGUCUCUUCUGGUAUUCUACCUGCCGUCUAAAGCUUGUGAGAAGAUCACGCUGUGUAUCUCCAUCCUGCUGUCGUUAGCUGUGUUCCUAUUGGUUGUGGUGAAGAUCAUCCCGUCCACGUCAUUGGCUGUGCCGUUGCUAGGGAAGUACCUGCUCCUGACGACGGUGUGCGUCAUCCUGUCCGUGGUGGUGACGACUGUCGUGCUGCACCUGAGCGACAGGACGGACCCCAUGCCGGGGUGGGCCAGGAAGAUGUUGUUACAAGUGCUGCCGCGGCUCCUCUGCAUGACCAGACCCGGCAGUAACAAGGUUGCCGAGAUGCUCCUGAACAGUCAGGCGGACGUGCUGGACGAUCUGCCCGAGGGCGAGACGGUGUACGCCAGCAUCAGGCCGAGGGGCAGCCCGAGGUUAACGAGGAACCUGCAGCUGCACAGAGAGGAGCACCCCAUCUCUCCCGAGCUGCGCGCUACCGUGAAGAACAUCAACGCUAUCGCCAAGAGCCUCCGGGGAGACAUGCUCAACUCGUCGUUGUCUGACGAUUGGCAGUACGCCGGCCUGGUGCUGGACAGGUUCUUCAUGUGGGUCUUCUUCCUCAUCUCUCUGAUUGGCUCCCUCGUCAUCUUCCUGCCGCCAUUCGUCUUCGACAGGUCUGUCGUGAUAUCCUACUGACACCAAACUGUCGUAAAAUUGCCUUCUCCACUAUUUCUCACCAAACGGCUCGGACAUGCGCAGUGCUGCAUCACUGAUACCCAACUGCUGCAAAACCUCACUUGCAUUCUUCACCAUCGCUCGUCAAACGGCUCGAACUUGCGCAGUGCUGCAUUACUAACGGACCCAACAUGCUUGUAGGAACUCAUCAACUUCGGUUUGAACCUCCCCAUGAAGAGACGCAAAACUAGACUAAUAUCCAAGCAGAUCUUGCUGUGGCAUAAAGAUAGUAUCAUUAGCUUGGGAAGGAGUUUAGCCGGCUGAGGAGUUCCAUUGACGACAGCUGAGAUCACAACUACACCUCACAGCACUGCCUUGUACAGCACCACGGACGACUAACCAAUAAUACUACAUCAUGUUACAACACACCUGAACAAUGGACAGAAAGAUGUUGUGGACAUUGGAAGUGGUCGUCAUCACACUUUCUGACAUGUUUUAUUGCGUGAUCACCUAUUGACGACCUAAAAGUGACAGUGACGAAACAACGAAGAAGACAUUCCUAAACAUCUGGAAGAAACAUGAUAGUGCCAAUUAUCUAAAGAUCAUAGAGCACUUCUCAUCCUGUGUUGAAGGAUACGAAAUGACUGCCAUGGACCUAACAUCACUUGACGAAUUUGACAUUGUGCCAUUGACUGAAAAGUGAUGAGAUUUUUAUGAUGCCAAAUCUAUGAGGAAUAACAUAGCUCGUACUACUAUUCACACAUGUAGAUAUCCAUUCUCAUUGAAUUUACUGGUUUGGUAAUGUUUGUGUUUGAAAGUAAAUCCGUGAAAUAUCAAAGGUAAGUUUUAUCCUUAGGGAGGUUCGCAUGACGAUUGUUGCCUCUAGUAUGAAGGAAUCAUCUCCAAGCAGAUGUUUCUUUUUCUUUGGUUUGUUUUGUACAUUUAAGUGGACACACGUCGCCUUAAAAAGCUUACACUACGUUAUCCGAAACGGACAGAAAUUCUUGGAAAACGUACAAAAGCAGUACAUCUGUUUGGAGACUAUGAGCGUGUGGUGAGACUGUGUCAAAAACAUAAAUAACGUUUUUUUUAAUCAAUAAAUUAGCAUUAUUGGUUAGUUGUGAUUUCUAUGCGUGACUUGUAACAUACGGGAGCAGCUGGUUAUAGAUCGGUAGGGCCUACAGUAGGGGUUACAUUGGGCCGUACAUUAAACACACUUGAGCCUUGCUAUGCAUCAAAUCAAUGGAGCGUGUCUUGCGAUGAGGUGACUUAGGAUUCUGAACAAAUACGGAUUAAAUGUUAGGAAAUCGCCCUACUAAACUCAGUAUU